AUGGCCUAUCAAGGCAAAACAGCCCUUAUCACUGGCGGCAUUUCUGGAAUAGGGAAAAAUGUCGCUGUGGCACUUCAGGAACAGGGGGCUACCGUCCUCCUUGCAGACAUCAACGAGAAUGCCUCUUUGCUGAAGGGGUUGAACGAGUCAAGGGCUGACUCCGCCUUCUACUACAAGGUGGACGUCACAGAUUGGGACCAGCAAGUUGGGCUAUUCAAAUUUGCUAUCGAGAAAUUGAAACGCGUCGACUAUGUGUUUGCAAACGCCGGAAUCGUUGAGACUACUUUCCUUGCGUACACCUCACCAACGCAAGUCGAGUUCACCAAACCGGAUCUGCGGACGAUCGAUGUGAACCUCGUGGGAGCCUUGUACACGAGUAAUUUAGCUGCCCAGGUUUUUCGCACUCAGGAGGUCGUGGAUGGGUUCAGGGGGAAGAUCAUUCUCACAGGCAGCGUAGCCUCGUUUUCGGCUAUCCCCCACAUGCCGUUGUAUACUGCGAGUAAACAUGCAAUCGCAGGUGUGGUGCGUUCUCUCGCCCCUCAGUUGGGGGCAGAAAAUAUUACCGUCAAUGCUGUGUGUCCCAACGUCACUCGCACUGCCCUUGUGCCCCAAGAGGUUUUUGACAUUUUUGAAAGUCAAGGUACCAUCACCCCAAACGAGACGGUCACAAAUGUUUUCCACACAUUCCUUGGGGAAAGUAAAGUCAAUGGUGCGUUAAAAUCAAUGAUUGCCAGGUUGCAUGAAGACAUCAGCUUACGUGCGCGCAUGCUCCUUUCUCAGGCGAAAUGA